GAAAACGACAUGUUCACCAAGAAGAAGGUCUUCAACAACAUGCUGAGGACCACACCCAAGACCAAGCAGGACGACACGUACACCCAGAAGAAGAUCCACAGCAGGUGCCAGUCGCAGGACUUGCCCAGGAUCCUACACCAGGCGAAGCAGUACCUCCUGCCCCAGCUCCAUCAAGGCUACAUCGACGCGUUGCAGACGCUCUUCGACGGGAAGGGCAUCCUACUUCAGGUCUCAGUGUCAAGCACUUCGGUCAGUUGGCUACGGCAGCGCUCGACGGGAGCGUGGAAGUACAA